AUGUUGAAGAGACGAUGGCAACGGGAAAUAUGCUGGCUGAGAUUUUAUACGGAAGCAAGCCAGACACUUUUAACCCGUUCGUGUUAUUUGGACCUAACGGGACUUACUUAGGCGUCCACAUCAUGCUAAUGUGGCUCUGCAAAUCCCUCAAUCAAUUCUACUUGACAAAAGCAAGGCUUAUAAAACCUUCAUGCGAGACACAUUUGAGAGCAGCUUGGAAACGAGAUCUCCUAGGAGAGGUAUCAUGCAGAUAGACAUGAGGCCAUCAACAUUUGACAACUUUGGCUCUGCAAUUUUUUGCAAACAUACACUACCGCUCCCCUGCCUAUGGCUCGCCAGUGGACGCCUGGCAAGAAGUUUUUUCUGUCCUUGACUGCAGUUCAGCGACAGUUUGACAAGUAAACUUUCCACUAUCCAUGGCAAGUUUCUUGAAACAGGAUCAGUUCUUGACAGAUCAUGCAGCGGAAGGCCUGCUACUACCCCCACCGAUGACAUCACCAAACUUCUAGAGCAGGCGUUCCUGCAAAGCCAGGGCAAAAGACAAGAAAAAGAGAAGAGUGCUUUUGAGAAGCCUUUGAAGCUUCUCGCGUUCCACCAGCAGAUGGAGGAAUGCUCCUGGUCUGACGUGGUCACCCCACCGCCGCCGCCGCCCACCGACGAGCUCCCCGUCCCCGGACCCUCCUCCGAUGAGAGGAGUUCUUGCAUGGACCUUCACAGAGGGGGAACACAUGUUGAGGCUGGAGAGAGAUGAUUUUGGCUGCGGGGCUGCUCUUUGUCUAUUUUCAUCUCUCCCAUCAAAGUAGUUGGGUGUGAGAGUUUUUGUGUGUGUGUGUGUGUGUGUGUGUGAAGUGUAGAUGUGGAAAGUCGGCGAUUGAAGCCGCCGUGUUGAAAUGGAUGCCCGUCACGCCGUCUGGUUUCAUCUCCUGGCCCUCCUCCAGCCUCCGGCCGGGGCCUCCAUGGAUUCCUGCUACGACGAGGAAACGUCCACCCCCAGCCGCUGUCUGCCCAAAUUCGAGAACGUGGCCUUCAAUCGGAGCGUAGAGGCGUCCAACGAGUGCGGAUCCCCGCCCGAGGACUUCUGCACACAGAUGGGUUCGGCGGCGCGCUCGUGCCACCGCUGCGACGCCUCGGACCCGAACCUUAGCCACGGCGCCGCCCUGCUGACCGACUUCCACAGGAACGACGAGCCCACGCGGUGGCAGAGCCAGUCCAUGUUCUUUGGCAUCCAGCACCCAAAUUCCGUCAACCUCACUCUCCGUCUGGGGAAGGCCUUCGAGAUAACAUACAUCAGACUCAAAUUCUACACCACUCGGCCGGAGAGCUUCGGCAUCUACAGGCGGACCGAGGUGGACGGACCGUGGCUGCCCUAUCAGUUCUACAGCGCCUCCUGCAGGGAAACCUACGGCAAGCCAGCGAAUGGUUUCCUACUCCUGGGGGACGACGAGAGGACGGCUUUGUGCACGGACGAGUUCAGCGACAUCGCCCCGCUCACUGGCGGCAACGUGGCCUUCUCCACCCUGGAGGGACGGCCCAGCGCCUACAACUUCGACCGGAGUCUCGUCUUGCAGGAAUGGGUAACAGCGACCGACUUGCUCAUCUCCCUGGACAGGCUCAACACCUUCGGUGACGAGGUCUUCAAGGACGGCAACGUCUUGCGAUCGUACUUCUACGCUAUCUCUGAUUUCUCCGUGGGUGGCAGAUGCAAGUGCAACGGCCACGCCAGCGAGUGCGUGUGGGCCGGGCGCGGUAGAGACGGCGGAGGCGAAGGCCUGUUCUGCGCCUGCCAGCAUCACACGGAGGGGGACGACUGCCAGAGAUGUCAGCCCUUCUACCGGGACAGACCCUGGGCGCGGGCCACUGGGGAAUCGGCUAACGAGUGUCUGCGGUGCAACUGCAACGGCCGCUCGGACCGGUGCGCUUUCGAGGUGGAGCAGUACCGCAGCACGGGCAGCGGGGGGCGCUGUCUGGAGUGCCGGGACAACACGGACGGCGCCCACUGCGAGCGGUGCCGGGAGAACCACUUCAGGCGGUCGCCCGAGCAGCCCUGCCUGCCCUGCAACUGCAACACCGACGGCUCGGCGAGUCUGCGGUGUGACAGCGGGGGACGAUGCGCGUGCGGCGGCCGAGGCGUGACGGGCGACAAGUGUGACACGUGUCGCCCGGGUUUCCACUCGCUCGGCCCCGGUGGCUGCAGGCCGUGCGAGUGCGCCCCCGGUGGCAGCGAGGGCAUCUGCUCGCCGCUGGACGGCGGCUGUCGCUGCAAGGCCCACGCCGAGGGGGGAGGCUGCGGCAGAUGCAAGCCAGGCUUCUUCAACCUGCAAGAAAACAACCCGGCUGGCUGUCAGCCGUGUUUCUGCUUCGGCCACUCGCUGGCCUGCUCCUCGUCCGGCGGCUUUGUGGCCGUCAACAUCACUUCGGAUUUCAUGGAAGAUCAGGACGACUGGCUGGGCGAGUUCUCCGGGGGACGGCUCGACCCCCUGCUGUGGAAGGAGGGCGAAGUCUAUUUGCUGCCUCUCUCCGAGGAGGACCCAGGCUUCUACAGAGCCCCGGACAAAUUUGUGGGUGACCAGAGCCACAGCUACGGCCAGCUCCUCUCCAUCACCUUCACCUCGGAGACCCCGCAGCUGCUUCCCGACCGCGUCGCCGCGCUGCUCGACGGCUCCGGAAUCACGCUCGGCGCCGAACUCGCGCCCGGCCCGGUGCGACGGGACGAUCCCGGCCUCUCGCCACGGAAAACCUUCGUGGUCCGGCUUGAUGAAAGCCAGAUGACGCCAAAGCUGUCCGCCUCGGAGUUUCGCCGUCUCCUGCACAACGUGACGGCACUACGCAUCAGCAACGCCGGAGGCCUCAACUACACAUCGCAGCUCUCGAGGGUCCAUCUCGCCUCGGCAUCCCCCGCCGCCGGCGAGACGGCGCCACCUGCCCCCUGGGUGGAAAGCUGCACCUGUCCCGUCGGCUUCGUCGGCCAGUUCUGCGAGCUGUGCGCGCCUGGAUUCACCCGGGAGGUCCUGAGCGGCGGACCGUUCUCGGCGUGUAUCCUGUGCGACUGCCACCAGCACGGAACUUGCCACCCGGAAACUGGUGAGUGCGAGUGUUCAGACUUCACCGGCGGGCUGACCUGCGAACGCUGCAUGGACGGUUACUACGGCAACGCCUUGACUGGCACGCCGGGCGACUGCCAACCUUGCCCUUGCCCCGGCGGGACUGGCUGCAUUGAGGUGGGCGCCACCGAUCAGGUGGGCGCCACUGAUCAGGUGGUCUGCAGCGACUGCCCGGCCGGACAAACGGGUACCCGCUGCCAGAUGUGCGACGACGGUUUCUACGGCGACCCGCUGGGGCGUUCGGGGCCGGCGCGAGCGUGCGCCAGAUGCGAGUGCAGCGGCAACGCGGACCCGAACGCAGUGGGAGUGUGCGACCGCCUGACCGGCCGCUGCCUCAAGUGCACGGGCGACACCGAGGGCGACCGCUGCCAGAGCUGCCGCCGUGGUUACUAUGGCGACGCUCGCAGCCACACCCCCGGACCGAAGUGCAAGCCGUGCAGCUGCCACCCCGCGGGAACGUCGGGCCACGCCACGGAGUGUCACCCCGACACGGGAAGUUGCGAGUGUCUGGACCACGUGAUCGAGCGGGACUGCAGCCGCUGCGAGAGAGGCUUUUUUAACCUCCGACAUGGCGUGGGUUGCGAAAGCUGCGCGUGUCAUCCCAUCGGCUCGUCGUCGUCCGCCGCCUGCCACCCGAUCACGGGACAGUGCUCGUGCAGGUGCGGCGUGGAGGGGCGGCUGUGUGACGCCUGUCGAAUGGGCUUCUUUGGAUUUUCGUCACGAGGAUGCAGAGCCUGCGACUGCGACCCCAUGGGUGCCGUGUCCAUGCAGUGUCACGGCGAUGGCACGUGUCCGUGUCGGCCCGGCUUCACCGGCUCCAAGUGUGACAAAUGCCAGCCCAACUUCUUCCACCACAGAGGCACGCACCAGUGUGAGGAGUGUCCCGCCUGCUACGGAUUGGUGCAGCAACAGGCGGAGAAUCUGCGGACGCGCCUGCAGGACGCCGAGAAGCUCCUGGCUCGCUUCGAUUGCCGAGGCCGAUUCGGGAAGCGGCGUCCCCCGACGGGAUAUCCGACCGACGGGAUUCACGAGAACCAGCGGGAUGGAGAAGCGCUGCCCAACGCAUUGGAGGAAUUUCUGGCCUUCCAAGAGGCUCGGGAGGCCUUCAUACAACAAUUCUCCUCCCUGGAGGCGUCCACUGGCGCCCUGGAGGCCCGGCUGCGCGACCUGGCGGCCACGUUGAACUGCAGCACGGCCACCAAAGAGGAAGAAGCGGAGGAAGAGGAGCGAGGAUCCACGUGUCGGACUUUAGCCGGGGUCGCGCUGGUUGUCGGAGAGUCCCAAAGGCAACUGGAGCAGGCCACCAAGGACCUGGAUACCGUGAUCAUCCCUUUUGAGGUUGAGUCAGGACCAAAUCAAUGGAAGAUGAUGGUCAAUGAGUCUCAAGGCCUCAAGAAAAUCCACGGAGACGCCGCGGAGCGCAUCGAGGUCGCGGCCGGCCGGGCGCUCGCCGCUUCAAAGCGCACUUUCGCCUUACUGCUGGAGCUGCUGCAGGACAACUCUACCGACGAGUACGUCGAGGACUUGACGCAACGAAUGGCACGGAUGCAGCAGCAGAGACAAAAUCUGACCGCCUGGGCGAGCGAGAGCGAUGCCGAUCACGAGGCGCUACAGGAGGACGCCGCCGGGCUGCAGCUCGCCCUCAGUAACGUCACGUCGCAGCUCAGCCGCACCGACGCUAGCGAUGCGGUUGCCGAGCGGGGCGACUCCCUGUUGAAAAAGACCCAAGAACUGGAUCAACACAUCCGGUCCAAAGACGACCUGAUUGGGAAGAUCACAAACGACACUCGCUCCCUGGCGGAGGCCGUCAGCGACAAGCAGGAAAUUCUUAGCGACGUCCCAGAGCUGAAAGCUCGCGCUAAAUGGGCGAAAGUGGUCGCCUUGGCUUCAGUGGUGACAGGAAAAGGGACAGAGUCUGAAGAAAUCAGCCUGCACCGGGAUCUAGAACACAUGGUGCGCGAGUGGCCCCGUCUGCAGGCCCAGACCAGGACUGCCAUGAAGAAGAAGAAGCCCCUGGAGGACAAAGUUCUGGCCGGUGUCACCAAUGUGGUCUCGGAGAUCCGAGAGAUAAUUCAGCCCGCACGGGAAAACUCCCGCUUAGCCAGAAACGCCUCUCGAGAAGCGGAACGUACUGCCGACACCGUGGCUGAGGAAUCGAAAGGCGUCCUGACGCAGGCUAAGCACAUGAGGACGGCCUGCGUUCACCUCAGCUCACACGUGGAAUCCGCCUUGCAAAGUCUGGCUGCGCGGGCGACGCUCGCCGAGAGCACGAUGUCCCACACCCCCGCCGAGCCGGCCCCGCCUCUGGCUGACGUGAAGAAGGACGUGGAGGCGGCCAAGCUGCAGUUGGAGGCCUACUCGCGCACGCUAACUGAGCUCAUCAGCAAAAUAGACGCGAGUGUGCCUCUGGAGCGUUUCCACCGCGUCCUGAACGAGACGGCGCGGCGCCUGAGUAGGCUUCGCGGCAGCGUUGAGAGUCCCCUGCUGGGCGCCAAGAUCGGAAGCCUGCGCUCGGCGGCCGAGGGCCAGCGGGGCCGCCUGGCGCUCCUGGAGCAGGACGUGCGGGAGAUCGUCCGGGAGAGAGACAGUCUCAGGGACAUCGCCCUGCACUUGCCGCCGUCCUGCCAGGAGGCCGGCGGCAAGGCCCGCGGCUAACCGCUGGAACUUCUUCGGUCAGCGCAAAAGGGUUACACUGGUACCUUGACUUACGAGUGACUUGAUUUGAGAGUUUUUCGAGAAUCAAGGCGUCGCUUGGUCCAUUUAUUGCUUUGUCUUGCAAGCCAAAAUUUCAGUUCGAGUGAAGUGGGGGCAAUUAAGGUACAGUGGUCCCUCAUUUCAUUUGUUCCUUUACUCAAAACACUUUGAUCUCAAAUCAUUUUUUCCCAUUGAAAUGAAUGAAAACGCCAUCAAUCCGUUCCAGCGCAAUUUUGUUAGUAAAGUUUUUUUUUAUACGAAAACAAAAAAAACAUUCUUGCAGUUUUGUACUUCCAAAAAAACAUCCAGUUAUAACACAAUCAAGUACAGUAAUCGCUCGUUUAUCGCAGGGGUUAGGUUUCGGACCACCCCUGCAAUAGGUGUAAUCCGCGAAGUCUGGACCACAUAUUGUUUUGAUUAUUUAUACAUAUUUUAAAGCUGUAUGAGCCUCCCCAAACUCUUAUUGACUUCCACCAUAUGUAACCAUACGCUUAAAAUGUAUUUCUCUUUCUUCUUUCUCUUAAACGUUUUCUAUACUAUAGGCUUGCUAUAACCUGGAGCCAUGCAGCUUCACUGAGAGAAAAAUUGAGAUUUCUUUUUUUUUUGCGUUGUUGUUUUUUUUUUUUUUUUUUCAACAGAAUUGUUGACUCUAUUUUUAAAAAUGUCCUCUGUGUGAAUGCAUCGGGUAAAACCAUUUAGCGCCACCUUCCCCGCUGUGCCACUCUUCUUGCCAAAAAGCAGCAAUCUUUUCAAGUAGAUGUUUUCACGACACAUUUUUUUCAGGAAAGGAAGAAGAACAAGCUGUUUUCAUCCUUUGCUUUGCUUUUGGCUCAUAACAUAAAAAUAUGUCAGACAUGAUGUGAAAAAAACAAGAAAUGAGGGAAGCGCCCUUUGAAAUCGACAUAUUGUGAUUUUGAUUUCUAGCAUACUUAAUACUCGCAAACACAACAACGCGCCUUUUAUUUUUGUUUGUGCUGCAAAACAUGCCGUGUUAAAAUUACCAUGUGCUAAAUUUUGUUGAAACCCCCAUAAAUCCACGAUUUGUGACAUAAGCAGAAUAUGUCCUGCCAACGCGGCACGGUGGCCGACUGGUUAGAGCGUCAGCCUCACAGUUCUGAGGUGCGGGGUUCAAUCCUCGUCCCCGCCUGUGUGGAGUUUGCAUGUUCUCCCCGUGCCUGCGUGGGUUUUCUCCGGGCACUCCGGUUUCCUCCCACAUCCCAAAAACAUGCAUUAAUUGGAGACUCUAAAUUGCCCGUAGGCAUGACUGUGAGUGUGAAUGGUUGUUAGUUUCUAUGUGCCCUGCGAUUGGCUGGCAACCAGUUCAGGGUGUACCCCGCCUCCUGCCCGAUGACAGCUGGGAUAGGCUCCAGCACGUCCGCGACCCUAGUGAGGAGAAGCGGCUCAGAAAAUGGAUGGAUGGAUGUCCUGCCAACACUUUAUAAUAUAGCGACCAAUAAAAAUGUCGUUUUAUUGUAUAUAUUUGUUAGAUAUGAUAUAUUUGUUAGUGCUUUCAACCUCACUUGAGCAAUAUUAUUCAUUUAACGUCUAACCUUUGAGCAAUAUUAUUGUCACAUUUUGUACUGUCAAAGGUUGCAUAUACUGUAUGUUGAGCAAUACCUUCUGACUGGAAGAUUAUGAAUAUAACAGUAGUCACAGUCAUAUACUGUAUUCUUUAUCCUCUGUGAAGAACGAUUAUGAGUCCCACUUGAGUUGUAGGCAGGACACGCCCCCCGCUGCAAUAUGAUUGGCUGUUGCAUCCGGGCAGGAAAGUAAGUGUGAUGUAUGUAUAGGCCUUUAUACUGCCCCCAGGUGGCCAAGGCGCGCACACCAGAAUGAACAGCACAAUCUGCAUUGGCUUGAAUGAGAAAGUGUGACAAAAACUGUUUUAAUUCCUUUGAAUUCAGUUGAAUGACAUCAUUAUUAUAUGUGUUUGGUAUAAUGUUAUAAAGUAGUAUUUUACACGUUGCAAAUUUUGGUUGUUUUUUGGGGGGGAGGCUGGAACACAAUGGCAUUUCCAUUCAUUUCAACGGGGAAAGAUUUGAGAUGUGAACGUUUUGAGCAUGGUCUUAGAACAAAUUAAACUCGGAUUUCAGGGCACCACUGUACAAUUUAGCUAGAAAUAAAAUGUCCAUUUUUCUUAAA